CGUAUUACCAUACUUACGAUCGAGUGCACAGUGAGAUUUCUGUUACUCUUACGAAAUGAAAUCGUCUACAAACACGUGAUUAGAUAAAAACGAUGUUUUUAAUGGCAAAACGUAUUCGACGUUAUACCAAUCCUUUCGUAUCCCGCAACCGAUAUAGUUCAGAUCCUCAAUUAGAGAAUGAUCUUCUAAUCGAGGAACAUUUCUUGUGAAGUUACUACAAAUUACUUUUAACUACUUUCACGUUGCGAUCAAACCGAUUUACUUACGUCGGAUCUAUUACAUAUUCAAAAAUAACAAUACGACAACAAUGACUUCGACUUCUUCUUUGGAUGUCACUGGACUUAAAAUCGUGAAAAAGGAACUACACGUUCCGUCGUUCGACGAAAUAAAGGACGUGUUAACGGAAGGUUUGACUAAAAACUUUUCCGAAGUUCAGGUCGAAGUUGUAGACUGUCCAGACUUAACACAAGAACCAUUCACACUUGCUGCAUCGGGCUUAGGAGGUAAUCCUACGGUGUUGGAAAUUGGGGGUCCCCCGUUUCUUCUUCCCACUGUGCAGAGGGAUAAGGUAUACGAUGUCCAACAACUUGUGAAGCACUUGCAGUGCUGCAAGAACGCUUUCGUCAUUGGAGCAGGAGCCGGACCAUGGCCCCACAUAAAUUGCAAUUGCGAGCUUAUGAUGAAUCUAGUUCUCCCAGAGCCCAAUGUGAAAAAUGAGAGUCGCAUCGCAUCUGUUGACAAAUUAGAUGGGAAGUGUGUGCUACGAACCUUGCCUAACAACGAAACUAGAUUAGCUUUGUUGGGCAACCUAUUUGUCAGCGAAGGAAAACCAGGACAGGUACUAAAAGUGCAUGCCAAAAAACGCACUGGCAGUGAUGAUUUCAUUGCGUGCAUGCAGAAAGCACUUGCAAAACAUUACCAAGAUAAUCUUGUCGGAUUAGGAGGAACGUUCCUGAUGGACAAUGGGAAAAUCAAACAGCACGUUAUGAGUGAUUUUUCCACAGUUCCAUUGACCACGGAAGGAAAACUCAACGAUUGGCUGAGUUUCUACAACAUGUCCACGCCCCUGAUUGCUGUUGGUACAUUUGUCAGCUCUGAAAGCGAUGUCGAUCUCCGUGUCCAACACUUCCACAGCUUUUCUCAUCACGGAGAAGGAGGUCAUUAUCAUAUUGACACAACUCCAGAAACUAUUGAAUAUUUAGGGUAUUUCAACUUGGGCACUGUGCUGUAUCGUGUUGAUCAGCCAACGACUGGUCUGGAGUUUGGAAAGGAUUGAUCCGUUUUCUAAGAAUUGUCAUUAGAAUCUUAGCAUAUUUGAUCGCAAUAUCUUAUUCAUACUGUUUUUAAAACCACACAAAUGAUAUAAUAAAAGCAAACGCAUUCUUCGAA